AUGGGCGGGGCGCUGCGGAAGGCCCUGGCGCUGCAGCUGGGCAGGGCGCUGCGGAUGAUGCAGGUGCCGCGGAUGGGCUGGUCGCAGCAGCGGGUGACGGUGCUGCGGAGGGGCGGGGUGCUGCGGAAGGCCCUGGCGCUGCAGAUGGGCGGGGGGCUGCGGAUGAUGCAGGUGCAGCGGAUGGGCGGGUCGCAGAGGCGGGUGACGGAGCUGCGGUGUGGCGGGGGGCUGCGGAAGGCCCUGGCGCUGCAGAUGGGCGGGGAGCUGCGGAUGAUGCAGGUGCAGCGGAUGGGCGGGUCGCAGAGGCGGGUGACGGUGCUGCAGAUGGGCGGGGCGCUGCGGAAGGCCCUGGCGCUGCAGAUGGGCGGGGGGCUGCGGAUGAUGCAGGUGCAGUGGAUGGGCGGGUCGCAGAGGCGGGUGACGGUGCAGCAGAUGGGCGGGGCGCUGCGGAAGGCCCUGGCACUGCAGAUGAUGCUGGUGCUGCGGAAGGGCGGGGCGCAGACGAGGCCGACGAUGGUGCGCGUGGGUGAGUCGCUGCUGAUGGCCCUGGCGCAGCAGAUUGCCCUGGCGCUGCGGAAUGCGGAGGUGGGCGUCCUGCCCCGCUCUGCCUCGGUCGCGGGCCGCGACGACGCGACUGUGAUGCUCGCGCACGCUGCCGUGCGUCGGCCGCCUCGGCCACAAUAUUGUUGGCGGUCGCGCGUGUCCGGCGUGUUUGCCGGACGUUGCGUCGGCGAACACGAAAGCCAGCUGGUGGUGUGGGGUUUGGCCCCGGCGCGUCGGCCACAGGUGCCGGACCGUAGAGGUUCUCUCCAAUUCGAACACCGCCAGCACCGCACCAUCAUUGCUGCGGCAUACAACCUGGCAGUGCGGUGGAGAUACGAAGUGGGUUCACGAAGGCAUGGCGACGUGCUAAUGCGGAGGAACCUCUCAACCCCCCCCCCCCCCCCCCCCCCCCCCCCCCCCCCCCCCCCUCCUACCAUCACCUCUCAUCCCCCCCCUACCAUCACCUCUCAUCCCCCCCCUACCAUCACCUCUCAUCCCCCUCCUACCAUCACCUCUCAUCCCCCCCUUACCAUCACCUCUCAUCCCCCCUCUGCCAUCGACUCUCAUUCCCCCCUGCCUUCACCUCCCUUCCCCUCUUGGCAUCUCCUCCCUUCCCCCCCUACCAUCACCUCCCUUCCCCCUUGCCAUCACCUCCCAUCCCUUCUUGCCAGCACCUCUCAGUACCCCUCUGUCAUCACCUCUCAUUCCCUACUUGCAUCACGCUCUGCGAUGUAG